UCUUCUUUAAACCUCACACCUCUCUCACUGCAACUCCUCUCUUUCUUUCGCUCACUGAGGCCCUAUUCAUCUUCUGAAAAUGAGCUCUCAACUUUUCAGAUCCGCUUCCAGAGCUGCCAGGUCCUUCCUCUCUGCCCCCAAGACCACCUCUCGCUUCUUCUUCUCCGAAGGACAAGCUGUAGCGACUGCUGCAGCUGUAACUUUACGUGGAAAGGUGCCUGCUUUUGCUUCAAAUUUUGGAAGAGCUGGUUCUGAAAAUGCAUCUUGGAUUUCAGCAGCCCUUGCUGUUCCUGCUGCAGCUUACAUGCUCCUGGACCAGGAGGUUCAUGCUGCCGAGUUUGAGCGCACCUUCAUUGCUAUUAAGCCUGAUGGAGUUCAAAGAGGACUGAUUUCAGAAAUCAUAGCUCGAUUUGAGAGGAAGGGAUUUAAACUUGUAGGCAUUAAAGUAGUUGUUCCUUCAAAAGAUUUCGCACAGAAGCAUUAUCAUGAUCUAUCUGAAAGACCAUUCUUUAAUGGCCUUUGCGACUUCCUUAGCUCUGGUCCUGUUAUUGCAAUGGUCUGGGAAGGAGAAGGUGUAAUCAAGUAUGGCCGGAAACUCAUUGGAGCUACAGACCCACAAAAGUCAGAACCAGGAACUAUUAGAGGUGAUCUAGCUGUUGUUGUUGGAAGAAAUAUCAUUCACGGUAGUGAUGGUCCGGAGACUGCCAAAGAUGAAAUCAACCUGUGGUUCAAACCUAAUGAGUUGGUUAGCUACACCAGCAAUUCGGAGAAGUGGUUGUAUGGAAACAAUUAGUGACGUUUUUCGUUUUCUAAAAUCUUCCGGCGACGUAGGUCCCACAUGAAGAGUGGGGGAAAGUAGAGAUUAUUGUUAGAAUAAAAUGGUUUCAUUGAGGUGAGUUGAAAUUGUUGCUUUUCAAUGAAUACAAUUCUCAAUUAAAUUUCAAAUAAUCCUGUUUUGCUUGCCUCAA